AUGGGAUUUAAUAUUUUCCUCGACUUUCCAACUGUAAAAAACGGAAUUAGACAUGUGAUUGGAGUGAAUGGUCUGCAAAAAAUCAAACAAAAUGAUGAAACAAAAGUGAAAUGCAAAGAAGUGGUUAACGAAGCUCUUAGACAGUAUUGGGAUCAUUCACACGGAGGUGAAGUGAUCGAUUCCGGGACUGAAGAUAGAAGUAAUGAAAAUCAAUACUUAGCUGAAGGCGACGACGAAGAGCCUACCGAUGAGAAUGAGAGCAAUGAAUGCAACGAACAAAAUGAUAGCACCGAUGAAAAUGAAGACAACGAAGAAAGUGAAGUGGGAAUGGAAAGGGAGUCCCAUUCAAACGACCAAUCAUUACAACCCCCGGACAGCAACACUGCUGUAGAAUCGAGUUCUGAAACCAAUGCUGCCAUAGAAGACAAUUCGGGGCAACAAUUAAAAGAAAGUGAAGAAAAGAACGAACAAAAUCAACAAUUAGUUAAUAGUAAUGAAUCAAACGAAGAGCAGACCAUAGACUUGAAUGAAAGCUCUUUCACUACAGAGGAAAAAGACAAUAAUAUCAACGAUGUUAGCGAUGCUAACGAUGUGAAUGACGUUAUCGAUGAUUUGGGGGCUCAACAAAAUGGUCGAUCAAGAGCUCAUAUCGACGAUAUUCUUCGAGUCUACGAGAUUGGUUCGCAAGAGGAUACAAGUGAACAAAACCUCAUUUUAUCCAUAUAUCGAGAA